AUGCCUCCCGUCCUCGGCCUAGCGCGCUCCCGCCGCGCCUCCGCAGCAGUCCCCACCCUCUUAUCUAUAUCAAAACUCCUCCGACUCAUCCCCUCCGCCCUCAACUCGGCCGUAACCUCCGCCCGGUCCCUCGAUAAACGGGCUUACGUGCAAUGGGGAUUGACAGAGCUGGCGACGUUGGCGAAAGAGAAGGAACCGGAGGCGCCGGAAGAUCCACCGGGGAGUCCCAAGUUCUUGUGGAAGUUGGUGCUCAGUGUGUGUUUGGUGCUUCUUGGAGGGGUGUUUGCUGGCUUGACUCUGGCGCUGAUGGGCUCGGACGACCUGAAUCUGAGGGUGCUCUCGCAGUCGUCAGAUAACCCUAACGAGCGGAAAUCAGCUGCGAAGGUGUUGAAGCUUUUAAAUAGGGGAAGACACUGGGUGUUGGUCGUGCUGCUUCUGAGUAACGUUAUCGUCAACGAAUCACUCCCCAUCUUCCUCGACGACGUCCUCGGGGGAGGAGUGGCCGCAGUCAUAGUUUCAACAACCAUGAUUGUCAUCUUUGGCGAGAUCAUCCCACAAGCUGUUUGUGUCCGGUACGGUCUCGCCAUUGGCGGCGUCUGCGCCCCAUUCGUGCUCGGCAUGAUGUACUUCUUCUUCCCUAUCGCCUACCCUAUCGCCAAGCUGCUCGACAGGAUACUCGGCAAGGAUGAGGGACAUACGUACAAGAAGGCAGAGCUCAAAAGCUUUUUGCAGUUCCAUAGGGAAGGGGAGGAGCCGCUUAGGGAUGACGAGAUCGCCAUUCUCAACGGCGUGUUGUCCCUAAACGAAAAGCACGUCCAGGAAAUAAUGACUCCCAUGGCCGACUGCCUCAUCCUCCCCUCGGACAAGGUCCUGGACCACGAAGCGAUCGACCAGAUCCUCUUGUCUGGUUUCUCCCGGAUUCCGAUCCAUGAGCCGGGCCAGAAAGACAAUUUUACGGGCAUGCUGCUUGUCAAGAGGCUCAUCACGUACAACCCUGAAGACAACUUCCCAGUGCACAAGUUCCCGCUUUUACCUCUGCCCGAGGCGAAACCUAGUAUCAACUGUUUCCAGGCCUUGGACUACUUCCAGACGGGUCGAGCGCAUCUGUUGUUGAUUAGCAAUACGCCGGGUCAGCGCGGUGGGGCUUUGGGGAUUGUCAGCUUGGAAGAUCUGAUUGAGGAGAUUAUCGGCGAGGAGAUCAUUGACGAGACGGACCGAUUCCAGGACAAUCACUCGAAGAAGCAGGCUGUCAGGAAGGGCACUGCGAACAUCAUGAGUCAGUUCAGCUAUGCUUCAGUAGUCUGGCGCAAGAGCUGA